AUGGCCCAGUUACACCUCACUCCAAUGAUCGAUGGUUCCAACGCUGUGAAUAGUAAAACCAUGGCCUAUACAUGUCUUUGGAUUCGAGACAAUUUUUGCGAUGAUCAAGAACCUCAUAGUAUGAUCAAGAUCCUGACCUUCUUUUUCUUGCAUGUUUAUCAUGCGAAGGUGAAUCAAAGAACUUCUGCUAUGAUGUACAUACAAGAGGCUAUUUUUAUGGCCCAAAGCAUGUUUCUGGAAGAAGAUGAUAUGUCAUCUCCAGAACCCAACAACGUCCUGGAUCUGAAUGAUGAUAUCAUUUCAAACAAAGAACUUAUUUUCCCUCUGCUAUGGGUCUCAGAAAGAGGAUAUUCACUGCAUCUCGGCGUAACCCCUUCAUAUAAUGGAAUACCGUCGUUGAUGAAUCUGGAGAAUGGUGCUAUUACCAACAUUCAUAUUCGUGGUUUUCUUGACCUGGUAAGAUUGUUCAUCGCCUUCGAUCAUAUAUCUGUGACACAUAAGUCGAAUAUGGGAGAAAAUUCAAUCACGGACUUUGUGAUGAUGGAAACUAAGCUAUCUGCUCUGGGGCCAAUCAAGACGGAAGUCUCAACCCGGGCGGCAGAUUGCCACAUUACACGAGAAUGGAUGAGAACUAUGAUAUGGCAAGAGGCUUUGUCGCAGGGACUCUUGUCUUCCUCCUCGCCGAAUACCAUUAUGACUUUCGGGUUUCCCGCACAAGUUGGUCACGAUCUACUUCAAUCCCUAAAAUGGUUCUCUGAAGCCGAUUUGCUACCUUUGGGGCGGGACCAGAAGCUUCUGCCAUUUUUGGAACAUGAUGAAGCUUUGAACUCCAUACUUCGAACCAAGACUGCUGAAAUUCUUAUCACAGCACCGGCACGUCUACUAGCAAUAGACCUGGGUCAUGAUAUUCCUCAGUCUCAUCGACUAAGAGAAAAUGAUGGCUAUGCCAUAAAUAUUGAGUCAAAACAAAUGAGUGAAGAUUCUUCUGUAUUUGCCAAUAUUCGCAAAGAAAUGGAUAGCCCUGCGGGCGGUCAAACCUUGAAUUUGUUAUGA